AUGAGAGGACAUCUUUCCUCAAGUUUAAAGAGAAAACCUGUCCAGAAUGGCUCAUCUCUGCCUCAAUGUAAUUGGGCACAUACUCAUGUGUUAAAAGAAGAUGCAUAUGGUUAUUAUAAUAGAUUAGAAUUUAAUUAUUGUAUUGAUAGUGCAGUCCGGUCUACAGCACACUUUCCUGAUGGUUCCGUUUAUAAAAAGAAAUCGGAAUUAUUUCCGGUACCAUGG